AUGACUGGACACAAGGGUUUCUCAUACAAAUUAAAACUUGGUAAGAAAAUUCACCAAAACAGAGGUGUCCCACAAUGGUUCAGAAUGAAAACUGGAAACACUAUUAACUAUAACUUCAAGAGAAGACAUUGGAACAGAAGAAAGAUGGGCAUGUAA